AUGUCUACUUCAUCCAACAAAAAGAUUUGGGAUGGGUAUCUUAGGUUGAACUCUUCCCUAACUGUUCCUACAGUUGCAUCCUUUAAAAGUGGUGAAAAUAUGCCUAAUGUCAAAUGGACAAAAUCUAUUGAUGUGAAAGGGAAAGUCAAAUUGCAAGAUUUUGAAUUAUACAUUGAAGAUCUUACACGUUCAUCCAAUAGAGGAUUGAUGGUUGUGUCCCUGGAUUGGAAAGAAGGAACUUCAAAACUUGGACUGGAAAGCAUGAAAAAGAUUGAAAAAAAAUAUGUAGAAGAUGGAAGAGUAGGAAUUGCAAAAGUUAUAAAUGGCAUUGAUCUUUACGUGUGUCCUUGUAGUGACACAAUAAUGACCUUACUUGCACAAUAUGGAUUCUUCAAGUUCGGUGAUAAGACAACCUUUGAGAAGAACAAAGAUUACCUUAUUGGUUGUGUUGUAUGGAAAAGAAACCAGAUAAAUCAUCCUAGUUUUCUUCACCAGAAAUCAUCUGGAUCAUCAAGAACAUGUAAUAGUAGUUGUAUUCAAUUAUGGACUUCGAUAUCAGAACAAUAUAGAAAAAAUGACCCAAUUGAAGUGUGGUCUCCGAUUCGCGUGCCUUUUGAAUCACCAACAAAAUAUGAACCAUACAAAAGUUAUUACAGUGCCUUGGUAAAAUCAGAAGACACUCCAAAUGUUUUACCAUCUCUAUCUGUAUCAACUAAACUUGAAACCUCAAAUCCAAACCUAGUUGGUGUUACAAGACCAUCUUCAACUACUUGUGAUCAAAAUUUUCACAAGUGA